AUGUCGGGCGCAGGACCGAGCCUCUACCCAGGCGAAUUCCCCAAGUGGGCUGUCUUCAGAUUCCCUCCGGAUGCCGCACCCCCUGCGAUUCCUCCUCCUGUCGCCGAUGCGCCCUUCACCAGCUUCAGGAAUCCGUUUCCCAUCCCAACGCACAUCUACAACGCCGUACUACAGCCCAUCGUCCCCCUGACCGUCGCUACCGUAUACGCGACGACCAUCUCCCUCCUCAACGCCUACAAUAGGAAGCAUGGAAACAAGCCGUGGCGGAUCAGCAAAACGCGCGCUUUCCGCGCCUUUGUCAUCUUCCACAACGUCUUCCUCGCCGUGUACUCGGCCGUCACCUGCUGGGCCAUGAUCCGCUCGCUCAAGCAUGCCAUUCCACACUAUACGGAGCCAAACGCGCUCGUAGGAACCGUCGAUGCUCUGUGCAAGAUUCACGGACCGCGCGGGCUGGGUGACGCUGUCACUUACAACUCGGAAUCGCAACAGUGGCAGAGCACGAACCCCAACAUUAAGCUGGGUCCGAAUGGUCUCCCACAGUCGGAUGACCUGGGACGUGUGUGGAACGAGGGGCUCGCUUUCUGGGGCUGGAUUUUCUACCUGUCCAAGUUUUACGAGGUCAUCGAUACCCUCAUCAUCAUCUUCAAGGGCAAGCGGAGCACUACCCUGCAGACGUACCACCACGCUGGCGCCAUGCUGAGCAUGUGGUCUGGCAUUCGUUACAUGUCUCCUCCUAUCUGGAUGUUCGCGCUUGUCAAUUCUGGCAUCCACGCCAUGAUGUACACGUACUACACUGUUUCUGCUCUCGGAUUCCGUGUCCCUCAGGCCAUCAAGCGCACGCUCACCACCAUGCAAAUUACCCAGUUCCUCGUUGGUGUGACCUUCGCCGCCCUCCACCUCUUCGUCUCAUACACUGUCCCUGUCUCAGUCGCCUACGAAGUAGCCGAGAAUGUCCUUCCCAAGGCCAAUGCCUCGUCGAUCGCCUCAGCAGCGUCGUCCGUCGCUUCCACUGCCGUCCCUGCCGCCACUGGCGCCGGUCUUGCUUUCCUCAAGAAGUGGAUCUACCGCGCUGCUGGUGACGAGGGUCUUGCCGAGAAUGUCUACGCUUCCCCUGCUGUAACUCCCGCAGCUUACGUUGGAGCUGGACAGCACGCUCAGCACCCCAUUCAGCACGCAACUCAUACCCGCACUGUUUACCGCACACAAUACGAGCACGUUCCUUGCAUUGACACUUCAGGCCAAGCUUUCGCCGUCUACCUCAACCUCAUCUACCUUGCGCCCCUCACCGGCCUGUUCAUGCGCUUUUUCGUCAAGUCGUACAUGCGUCGCGGUACCUCUAACACCAAGCACCGCACUACGCAGCAACACAUUGCGAAGUCGACUCGCGACGCCAUCCACGGUGUAGACCGUGAGAUCGAGUCGCUUGGCAAGUCCGCCGAAGACGGCGUUGACGCCUUCGUGAACGGCCGCGGCCGUUCUUCUGCCAGCGGCGAGAAGAAGAGCGCGAAGCCCAACGGAGAGAAAAGGAACGGUAAUGGUACACUGAGCCCUGAGAAUCGCAAGUUCGUCGACUCACUUAAUAUGAAGGUUAGCCAGGAGCUGGAGCGCAUCGGGGAGGACGACGCAGGGAGCAGGGAUCGGGCUAGGAAGUUGGCGAAGGAGGCAGUUAGUGGGACACCGAAGAAGGAGAGAGGGUUGAGUCCCGAGGGGGAUCAGACGACGAUUCUGGGGAGGCCGAAUGCAGAUUAA